CCACCCAGAUGUAACGGAGGCCAUGUUGUACGAGAAGUUCAGCCCGGCCGGGCCCGUGCUCUCCAUCAGGGUGUGCAGAGACAUGAUCACCAGGAGGUCGCUCGGCUACGCCUAUGUCAACUUCCAGCAACCGGCCGAUGUUGUUGUUCUGUGAUCCUCCUGACAUCACAGCACCAGCUCUAACACAAAACAAUGAAAGGUUCUGAUGCUGAGCGAAACUGUGCAACUGUCGUGGGCUUAACCACAGUUCUCAGCCAAUCGGAAUCCUCCUUUAUCUUAAUCAGAAUUAAAUGUUCAACCACCAGCAAUCUACACGCAUGGACAAGACACUGGAGCACCUGGGAGGAAACGCCUGUGCAUUCGCAUGGAGAAUGUUGAAAUAGCACCGAAAGGCAGGAUUGGGCCCAGGUCUCUGACACUGAGGCAUCUGCUCAGUGAGCUACCCCACUGUGCUGAGCAAAGUGUGGAAAUAUUUCUUCUGCUGAAUGAUUGAAGGAACAGCCAUACAUAUUGCAAAUAACAUAGAUGAAUAUUAGCAAUGAAGUGAUUUAUAUGAAAUAUUUUUGGAAUAUGUAAUGUUCUGAUUCCUUUUGAAAUUUUACUCUACAAUGGAAUAGUAGAACCAGACCUACACCAUGUGGCUUUUAAUUUUUUUUCUUUUCAUAUUGAUUUUUAGGUGUGAAAUGGUAUAGGAAAGACAAAUAUCAUGAAUGUUUUAUAUUCAUGAAACUUAACAUAUUCUGCAUUUUAAUAAUGUUCUCUAAACAUUCUCUUAGAUUUCAUGUGACAUCUAAUUUGACAAAGGCAGAAGAUAUUUUCAAGAAUAAGAAUAAAGACUGAAGGAUGGGAUUCAUUGAAUCGUUAUGGCAUUAACUGAACGUGCCUUGGAUACCAUGAACUUUGAUGUCAUCAAGGGGAGGCCAAUCCGCAUCAUGUGGUCACAGCGUGACCCAUCACUGAGAAAAUCAGGAGUUGGCAAUGUAUUCAUCAAAAAUCUGGACAAGUCCAUUGACAACAAGGCUCUGUAUGACACCUUCUCUGCAUUUGGAAACAUCUUGUCUUGUAAGGUGGUAUGUGAUGAAAAUGGCUCCAAGGGAUAUGCUUUUGUUCACUUUGAAACUCAGGAUGCUGCAGAUCGAGCAAUUGAGAAAAUGAAUGGCAUGUUGCUAAAUGAUCGAAAAGUAUUUGUUGGCCGUUUUAAGUCUCGUAAAGAGAGAGAGGCUGAACUGGGGGCAAAGGCUAAAGAAUUUACUAAUGUUUACAUAAAGAACUUUGGAGAUGAUAUGGAUGAUGAACGACUCAAAGAAAUGUUUGACAAAUUUGGCAAAACUCUCAGUGUCAAAGUCAUGACAGAUCCAAACGGAAAGUGCAAGGGUUUUGGCUUUGUUAGCUAUGAAAAACAUGAAGAUGCCUCCAAGGCUGUGGAGGAAAUGAAUGGGAAGGAACUGAAUGGAAAGAUGCUCUUCGUUGGCCGUGCCCAAAAGAAAGUGGAACGGCAGGCUGAACUUAAAAGAAAAUUUGAACAGUUAAAACAGGAACGAAUCAGCAGAUACCAGGGUGUGAAUCUAUACAUCAAAAACUUGGAUGACACUAUCGAUGAUGAAAAGCUGAGAAAGGAGUUUGCUCCAUUUGGUUCAAUCACCAGUGCCAAGGUAAUGCUGGAGGAUGGCCGAAGCAAAGGUUUUGGUUUUGUCUGCUUCUCCUCUCCUGAAGAAGCCACGAAAGCUGUAACAGAAAUGAAUGGGCGUAUUGUUGGUUCCAAGCCGCUAUAUGUAGCCCUUGCUCAGAGAAAAGAGGAGCGCAAAGCUCACUUAACUAAUCAAUAUAUGCAGCGUAUUGCAGGGAUGCGUGCCAUGCCGGCCAAUACAAUCAUCAACCAGUUUCAGCCAGCUGCUGGAGGCUACUUUAUGCCAGCGGUGCCUCAGGCACAAAACAGAACUACCUAUUAUGCACCAAAUCAGAUGGCUCAGAUGAGACCCAGUACUCGUUGGCAACAGCAACAAACCAGGCCCCAAGGGUUUCAAGCCAUGCCAAAUACCCUUCGUCAGGGAGGUCCUAGGCCUUCUCUUCGUCAUCUUACCCCAACAGCAAAUGCUCAGGGUUCUCGAGGUAUUCCUGGUGCACAAAGAAUGGGAUUAUCUGCAACUCAGAAUCUGGCGGCACAUCGCCCUGGAAUAGCUGGCCCAACACCAAGGGCAGUUCCACCUUACAAGUAUGCCUCCACAGUCCGGAACCCACAGCAGUCUGUCGUGCAAGCUCAAAUGGGUGUACAGCAGCCUUCACAGUCAGCAGUGCUCGUGCAAGGACAAGAACCCCUGACUGCCUCCAUGCUUGCUGCAGCUCCUCCUCAGGAACAGAAGCAGAUGCUAGGUGAACGCCUUUUUCCUUUGAUCCAGAGUAUGCAUCCUUCCCUAGCUGGAAAAAUCACCGGAAUGCUUCUUGAGAUAGAUAAUUCUGAGUUGCUACAUAUGUUGGAGUCUCCAGAAUCACUACGGUCAAAGGUUGAAGAGGCUGUGGCUGUGUUGCAAGCUCAUCAGGCCAAGAAGGAGGCUGCCCAGAAGGCAGUUGUGGUUGUAGCUACAUCCUAAAGCAGGAGAAAGAUGUGUAACGAUUGCCAAGAAACAACAAAUCCACAAAUUUGGUUCAGAUAUAUUCAGACUGGAUGCGUGGAUAGUGCUUAGCUUUAAGGGGAAAAAAACACAAAAAACAUUGCAAAAUUUCAAAUAACCAGAUUCCAAAAGAUUUUAAUGUACUUUAAGUAUUUAAAAGAAAUAUAUUUUGAUAGAUCAAACUAUAAUAUUACAAAGCAGAGCAACACUGAUUUAUAGCUUGCUUUGUUUUAAAUAUGAAUAUCUGUGGCCAGGAUAGAUUUAUUCAUAAAACCAAAUAUAGUGGAUGCUGAACAUGUGAAAUAAACCGAAAAAGACAGAAAUGUUCAAGUCCAGCAGCAUCUGCAAAGGGAGAAACAGCAUUAGAGUUUUGGGUCGAUGACCUAUAAUUUGGAAUUAUUUAUAUUUUUUCCUUCUUUUCAAAAGACAAAGUGAAAGGUACUAGAAAGAAUGGAGCUAGAUUUUAACUUUGCAGUUAUAUUUUAUCAGUUGAGGUGUGUUUUCAUUUUAAAACUCAAGUUUUGCCCAAAUCUGGAAGUGUGUUUCUGAUUGGGAAAGAAAAAAAUAAAAAUGCUUUGUCUAAAA